AACAAUAAAUGACAAUAGUCAAUUGAUGAAUACACCCAUGUAUUCACUUCCUGUGGGCGAAGUCGUUUCUCUGCAAAUUAGAGAAGAGACAAGGAAACAGACGAUUGGAAUUUUGUAUUACUUUGUGAAAAAGUAGCAGCUUGCUAGCAGUGUACUUGAAAAUGGCCGACAUUGUUUCUGAAAUCGUCCUAGAUGGAGGAGGUCCAUGGGGUUUUCGUCUGCAGGGUGGAAAAGACUUCGGUAUCCCUUUAAACGUUUCAAGGGUUACGCCUGGAAGCAAAGCAGCUUUGAAGCAAAUGGUGGUUGGUGACAUAAUUUGUGAAAUAAACGGCUUUAACAUGGAGUCUCUUUCUCACAUGGAAGCACAGAAUCAUAUUAAAAAUGCAGGAUCAACACUUAAUAUGAAAAUAAGGAAAGGCAAGGGAAUUUCAGUUGGUGAUCAAAAUGCUAUGUCAUUUGGUUCAGCUGGAAGCCCAAAGGUCUUAACAGAGACAAAUGUUAUUCACUCUGCCAGUGUUGAUCACACCUUUAAUCCUAAGCCCAAACCAUUCAACUUUGGUACCAACUCUCCAACAGUGACCCAGGGAGUUUCACCCCAAAAGUCUUCACCAGCACCUCCUGCUCAAGCGCCAAAGUUUGAUCCAGGGGCUUAUGCAAGAAAAAAGAAAGAGGAGCUGGAGCAGCGCAAAAAAGCGGAGAGUACUGUUGCUGAAGAUUCUGAUAUUCUCAAAAUGAUCAACGCAACCUCCAUUAGCAAAUCGCCAUCCCCAACCUCACAUUCGCAAACCGAAGCCUCGUCCUCCCCUCAAGAUUUUAUCGAUGCCCUAAAGCAACGCUUAAGAAGUGAAGCCACGAAUGAAAAUCAAAAUAAUGGCCAAACCUGUUCUAGACAAGAUGAUUCGUCACAUCAAGCUAUCAGUCCCAGCACCAGCAGCCACUUCACCAGUACCCAAAUCCCACAACCGCCACCAACGCCCUUAAUCCCCUCUUACCAAACCAGGCCCCCAGCCAAAACAAAUGCAAGCUACUUGCAGAUGCCUUUGACACAUGUUAAUCAAGAUGCACCACCCAUUAACAAGGACCAUGUUUUUAAAAUGAGUUAUGAAACACGCGAUAUUCAUGCCGCAGACAUCUCAAUGGGCUCCAUGAAUGUAAUGAACAGUCUGAAAGAAAAACUAGCUUUGAAGUCUGCAACAGGCAGUAACUAUGAAGUUGCAACGAAAACCCCGUCACGUGUUCACGCCAUGUUGAAUGAGCAACUUGGUUAUGAAGAGGAAGAAAGAGAAGAACGAUUUCACAGUGACCAAACAAGAACCGUGCCUUCAAAAGUAUUCCAGGCUUUACAGUAUGCAUACCCUUCCUCUGAAGAUAAUGCACCAGGAGCACAGAAAGAGAAAAGAUAUCAGGAGAAUUCUUUAAAGCAGGAAGACGAAGAAGAAUACGUUCGGUUUCGCAGCAGCCAGACCAACACUGUUCCAUCAAAAGUUUUUAAAGCUCUGCAGUACAGUUAUCCUACCAAGAGUGCAGCUCCAUUAGACCCAGUUUACCAGCAGAUGCAAGAAGAAAGAUCUGGUCAUCAACCGUACAGGACCGAUCAACGCCAGUACAAAGACGCAUACGAAGAAGAAGAUGGAUAUGGUCGAUUUGUUGGAAAUCCCACAAAUAAGGUUCCAUCUAAAGUUUUUCAGGCCUUGCAGUAUAGUUACGACACACCACAGACAAUAGAAACCAACAGCGAUACGAAUGUUGUCCAUAAUGUGGACCCAGGAUACCUGAAAUAUAGCAACCAUGUUCCCUCCAAGUCUUUCCAGAGACUGCAGAAACAAUACAAUGACGAAAAAGAAAAACGCAGCGAGGCGAUUCCCGGUGAUUUGCAAGACGCUAUCGAUCUUCUCGAAAAAGAGCUUGAUGCGAUGACGUCAUCGAAAACAAAUCCUGUAAUAAUGGUGCCGUUAAACAGGGGACUGAAUAGGGGGCAAAGACCAUCAGAAGAACUUUCCCCUGUCUGUCCAGCCGAAAACCCAGCUGUUCAAGUGCCUCUCCAUGCUCAUUCUACCAAGGAUGGACCCUUGGCUAGAAAUAACCAACAAUUGAACCAAGCUAUUUCUUUUGCUCCUCCCGUUCCUGUUAGAAUUGAUUCGAAAAGGUUCCAGCACCAACCAAGGAUGUCAACGGGGGAGGACGUUGUAUAUCAAGCACCUGUCGCGAAAGUGCAAGGUCUUCCCCAAAGACCCGCAAAUCAACACAGAUCAACCUCCAACUCUCAAGACGAUGAGGUCAUUCAGGCUCCUGUCGCCCAUCUUGAAAAUGUUGUAGGUGAUCACCCUGUCCCUAGCAAAAUAUCAUUCAAACGUGGGACUAAAUCUGAUGUUGUUGCAGUUGCAUGCACAUCUGAAAUUGUAGCAUAUUCUGCGGAAUUUGAGACUCCCUGGAUAAUGCCAGUAAGGCCAAAGGAAGCUCUUCCCUAUCUAUCACCCAUAAAUCUGCGGCUGUCCGUCGAAAUAAAGACCAACGGGCGGACUCCUUGGAUUCAUCCAGUAGUUAUUCAAGUAUUCAAGAACGCAUCCCGGACUUCGACCCGGAUACUUACGUGCUGACAACAAAACCACCAAGUGUAUCUUCACAUGGUAUCCGGAGUGAUUCUUCAGAAUCUGCCCAUAGUCACUCCAGUAGAAGCAGCAUAGGACAGGAAAAUCGAUUUGGAGAAGAAACGCCGGCAGCUAUCACUCAUUUGUCAAGUCACGUUUCGAAGUCAAGUAACGGCAACUUUGGGUCAGAAAUUGCUAAACCCAGACGUAUGGUCAUUAACAUUAACGGAAAGGCAAGAGUAUCUAGCGCUUCAAAGCACGAAGAAGGGACGGACCAGGGUAUUGCUGUCCUAAGCACAGGAAUAAGAGACCAAGGACUGAUGCAGCUUGACAAUUCUGACACAAAUUACCACGAAAAUUCUGCUUCAAUUAACCAUUCGGGACAUUCAGAAGAGAAUUCUAUACAGAAUGAUGUUUUUGUGGAUCCAGUGCCAACAAUAAAUAAAAGCGGUAAAAGUAUUCCUUUGCAAAGUGGAAAAGUUGAUCCGCAUGCUGAAAACCAGGUUGAAACAUCAACUUUAACAGAUUUACAACUCACCGAAAUAAAUAGUGAGCAACUUACGGAAAUGUACGUGGAAAAUGAAGAAACAUCCUCGAUGUGCGAUUACUUCCAGCGUCUAGAAGAGAACAGCACAUACCAAGGAAAAUUGAGUUUAAGUCAGUUGCUGGGAGAAGCAAUUCAGCAAAUAUUGCACAUGGAAUGAAUGCCCCAACCUCUCCACCCGUGAAUGUUCAGAUGUCCAGAAUAGGAAAUCGACGCAGCAUUCCUUUAGAUUCGUUAUUAUUUCCUCAUUAGUGAGAAGUGCUUCCUUCAAUUUCGACCACUUAAAUAUGCACUCAGAAGAUUGCAUGGAAAGAAAAGGGCAAAGGUCUCCUGCAGCGAACAGAAAAAGACUAAAUCCAAAGAUGUUUCGUGAAAAGGACUGUGGGAAGCCAGCCUCGGUUUCACACAGACCCAAAUCUGUCAAAGAUGAGACAUUGAUUGUAGCUAACGAGAUAAGCAAUGAGGAGAAAGAAAAAUCUGAAGGUGCCGUCGAAGGUGACAACAAGAAAGAACAAAGUGAUGUUUUCAUCAAUGAAACAGACGAAGAAAAAUACCUGAAGCAAAAAGGUAUGUCGAAUGUAUUUGUUCGCUGUCGUUUAUAUACUUGAAGCAACAAUCAUAUGAUGCAUUCUCAUUGCAUACAUUUUUCAAGUUCUUUUUUCUCUUACUCUUUUUUACACACGUUUGGCGUCUAUAUUGUCAAAUUUGAAUUUUGUUGACGUCUCGAUUGGAUAAAUGCGUGACUAUUUAAACGCGUGGUUUGAUUUAACGACUCGCUGUUUGCUAGCAAAAAUUUUCAACAUAAAUUUGUUUGAAACACUUGAAGUUCAGGGCAGUGACACUGAAAUUCUCCUGAUUAUUUGUCUCAUUAUUCUCCAAUAAAUAUCCACGUGUGAGGUUAAAUUUUUUGAUUUCUUUAAGAAUUAUUGUGUCAAACGCAAACAUUUAUAAGAUGAAAGUGAAUAUAAUUUUUAGUGAUUAUGACUGCCUUCAAUGCCAUUUUGUGUAGCCGAACCAAUAAUGACAAUUCUUUACCAAUAAUUUUUAGAGCCUUUAAAGUGCCUAAUGAAAAAGAUAGGAUGUAGACCCCGACAGAAAAUUGCCCAGUUGGGCUAUUUUCAGACUAGGGUAUUUUAUCGCAUGACUCCACAAACUACGUUAUUUUGAUAUGUCUGCUGAAAGUAGGUACAAUAGCAGGAAACAUUGCAAUAGACGGCAAUCUGAUACGCAGAAAAUGAUAAGAUAAAGACUCCAUCUGAAAAUUGCCCCCUUGCUCUAUUUUUAGACUAGGGUACACCGCCCAAGGUCUUAAUAGACGGUCUUAUCGUAUUUCAGUCGUACUUUGGUACGAUAAGUACGUAAGUAUGAAACUUUGCAAAAAGGACAGUUUGAUGCGCUAAGAAAGAUUGGAUAUGUACCCUGACUUAAAAUUGCCCCCUACGGCUAUUUUAACGGUAAUUCAAUUAACGACCUCCGUGUACUAAACUUUGUGACGUCACAGAUAAUGGCGCUUUGUCACAGUCGAAAACGUGAAAAUGGGAUAUUCAAUCUAAAUUUUUAGACGGUUCCGCAAGAAAAAAAUCACCUCGACCUAUAUCAUUGAAAUCAGCAAAUUUUGCUUAUAAAAAGUGUGCCUUUAUCUUUUGGCGAAUUUAAAUUGGACUAUGCAGAUUGUCCAUCAUAAUAUCCCUUUUUUGGUUUAAAGGAUUCCAGACGACGUAUAUAUUAUCUGCAGUAUUUUUGGCAUUGCUUACAGCGUGCAAUUUUGCUUUAUAUUUGUUCCAGAAGAUGGAAGCUAUGAAGGGGAAUGUGUGGAUGAAAAUCGGAACGUAUGCGAUCUGAAUGGUUUUUCUGGUAAUUCCCAAAAUGGAAGAAAACAUAGACAUGCUAGCAGUGAGCGCCCUUCUGGAAAGGAAUUAUAUUACACGUCCAAUCAUUUACUUACGUCUCCUAAGACAAAACCAUCUGGGGUGAGAGUCACUCUCCCUGCUUUUACAGUCAAGGUUUCAUCAGGCGUUACCCCAAAUCAAGGUAUGCAGCCACCCAGAAGUAGAAAUUAAUCUAGUUAACGUAAUUUUAGAUAUAACUGACAAAAAUCUAAAUUCAUGUUUUAGAGCUAUAAAACUAAAGACCUGCAACUCAACAACCUCAUAUUAUGAAUUAUUUUAAUUUGAACUAAAUUCAUUACUUUCUUACUCAGUAUGGUCAACAUUUGAUAAUUUAAGCUUGCGAUAAAUCGAAUUAAUUUUACCUUCCUGUAUGUGUAUAUAAUUGCUUAGCGAUAAAACAUUUCAAAAAGGAAAGAGUAUAUUUAUCAAAGUGUGCAAUAAACGAUGUGUAAAACAUUUAAUUUCCCUGUGUGAUAGUGGUUUCAAAUAAAGUAAAGCGUUUAAUUCAUGUUGAACUACUCUACAAAUCUAUACAGCAGUUGAUCAGAUUGGGAACCGUAUACCUUUGAUUGCAUCUCUUUACCAUGCUAUAUCCUGAUUGCAUCUCUUUACCAUGCUAUAUCCUGAUUGCACCUCUUUACCAUGAUGUAUCCUGAUUGCAUCUCUUUACCAUGCUGUAUCCUGAUUGCACCUCUUAACCAUGAUGUAUCCUGAUUGCAUCUCUUUACCAUGCUGUAUCCUGAUUGCAUCUCUUUACCAUGCUAUUUCCUGAUUGCAUCUCUUUACUAUGCUGUAUCCUGAUUGCAUCUCUUUACCAUGUUGUUUCCUGAUUACAUCUCUUUACCAUGCUGUUUCCUGAUUGCAUCUC